GAUUAUCGAUUGAUCCGAAUUUUGGGGAUUCCAAAGUCACACUUUUUGACUAGAGCAGGCGAAAGUGUAGGAUAUAUCCGUUUAAAGCAAGUUUCCCGGUACGAAAGCCAGUGAUUUUUCAAAAUUGUGUGGCCAAUGAGUGAGUCUAGUGUCCGACAGCGGAAGAAAACCGGAACCAGCGAUGGAAAACCCCGGAAAGCGAAGACAACCCAGCCGAGUCUGCCGGGGGUCAACCAGCAGAACAAGAUGUGGGCUCGGCUAGUGCUGAUCGUUGGGAUAGCAGUGGUUGUUUACUUUACGACGUUCCGAACUAGGGAGAAGAAAUUUGCUACGCAAAGAGAAACGCUGGAACUGCGCACGCAAAAGUUGGACUGCUCAAAGUUGUACUUCGAAGAGAUCGCUAAAUACGCCGGGUGUAUUCCCGCCGACUGUGGAAGAUUUGUUAGUGACAAAGUCGUAGGCCCGGCGGAAGUGGAUGUCUUACUGAAUCUAGCGAAAUCCGGGUUCCGAUUCGGGCGUUCCUCCGGAGGAGCAUCGAUAUUGGACCUUCACUCGGGUGCCCUUUCGAAGGACACCCAGUUCAUCAACAUCUAUAAAAUCCCGGAAGCGAAGGCGAUAUUCUCCGCCGAGCAUAUCAACACCUACAAGCACGUGAAGGACAAAAUCCAGCUGGCAGUGGCCGAAAACUUCAAGAUUAACAAGGACGCGCUGUUUCUGACUCACCCGACGUUUUUCUCGCGACUGACCAACGAAACGGCGAAAACCAUCCACGACGAGUACUGGCAUCCACACGUGGACAAAGAAACGUACAAUUCCUUCCACUACACCACCCUGCUGUACCUGACCGAUUUCGGGAAGGAUUUCACCGGGGGUCGGUUUGUGUUCAUCGACAGCGCCGGUAAGCAUAACAAAACGAACGUUUACAUCGAACCCAAACGGGGCCGGGUCAGUGGGUUCACUUCCGGGGCGGAGAAUCUGCACCACGUGGAACAGGUUAGCGCUGGGGUGCGGUACGCCAUAACGAUUUCCUUCACCUGCAACCAGGAACACGCCAUGGGGGAUCCGAAGUUUUCGCUGGAUGAAGACGACGGACCAGAAUUGAUGUGAAUGGAUAGCAAAUGAGCGUAUGUGUUGUAGGUUCAUUGACUAGUUUUGAGUUUUUUCUAUUAGCUGACGUUAUGUUAUUGCAAAU